UUGACUUCUUUUUAAAAAAGAAAAAAAUUUGGUCAAAAUAGCGUGAAUAGUGACAUAUAAUAGCAAAUAAAUUUCGUCUUUUUCGCUGUGAAGUCAACGUAGUUUUCUUUUUUCUGAAAAUGUGUAUACUAGUGCGCAAGUAAGUCAACUUUAUUCUAAAAAUAGUUUCUUAACUAUUUUGACUUUUUGUUUAAUUAUUAAAAACAAAUCCCCAUAUAAGGUACAUAUGUACCCAGGAACCAUUGGGUAUUAACCCUUCCCCCUCCUGUAACUGAAGAGUCAAUUUAAUCGUCUUUUUUUUAUGUAAAGAAAGCUGAAGAGUCAAUCUAAGAUCCACACAAACAGGACAUAUGCAUCCAGUACUCGAACCCUCCUGGAGAGUGACCCAGUGAGGCGUAGCGACGCUGCCGCUGCCGAAAUGCCAAGCGACCCCGGGUGAUCCAGGCACGGCAUACAGUGUGACCCCGGUGAGCCGCCCACGAUCCCGGCGACAUCGCCCGACCUCGCUACCCAGCGUCCCAAUCAGUGCCGCCACAUGUGACCUCGGCAAGGCACCCGGCGACCCCCUGCGUGUGAUGCCGCUCCGGCGACCGUCUCUGACCACGUGUCCAUUCUUCCAUCGACCACUUUAGCUGCUGUACAGGGGGAGGCCAAUUCCGUGGGCACUCUGUGAUCACUGCAGGUCAACCUAGCCUCGCACCCCGUUGCAGGUAAAUCGAGCCCUGCGGCCUCCAUGGACCCAUGCCCUGCGCCCCGGCAUCGACCAGAGCUCCCGAUGAGCCGCACGCGCCACCGUCAGUGUCCUCCCUCAACAACACCCGCACCAAAGGCAAUUUAUUUAGAAGAAAGCUCUAUUCCGUCUCCAGCCACUUCCUUCGGGGCAGCAAGUCCGGUCUCGAGCAAUGCGGGCAAGCAUUUUUCAAGACACGACGGAUUCAUGAUCAUGUUUCCAAUCCGAAUCAGAGCAUAUGUGAUAUUUCAAUUUACUUUCAGGCAGCAGUAUCUAGCACUUCCCCUCCCACUUCUCUGGAGUAGUUACACGUUCCAUUUCCAACAGGUGAUCGUACCCUGUUCACAUGAUGUACAUUGAGCAAGUACUAUGACUCAACACAUUCUCUUCUAGGGCUAAUUCUGCACCUGUUAUGCUUGAGAGAAGAUAUUUAUUCUUCUUCUUUCACAUUUAGCAGAAACAAUUGCUGACACAAGUGCCAGAAUUUGAGAUGAAGACUUGGAUCUGCUUUUGCUUUGGGCUCAGCUCAUCAUUUGUGCGGAUAUUUUGUAUCUUGAGAUUUAUUGUACCUAAUGGUGCUGAUUAAUCUCAGAUUAUGAAAAUGCAAAUUGUAUCUGGUAAGAAUUUUGGUACUGUUUAUGUUUCGAGAAUUUUAGUACAGUUUGUGCUUUUCAGAAAUUUUAAGCUGGCAGAAAGGGUUAAUAUCAGAUUAAGGAAAUGCAAAUUCUAUCAUUCUAAGGAGACAGUUAAUUAGAUUUCUAUUGAGCUACUAGGAGUUCCUUUGCGGCCCCUAUUUACUAUUCAGUCUUGGGAUAGCUGAAGAAUAAUGUGGAUAGAAGUCUUUUGUGAGCUGAUUUGAGCCUAGGUACAAUUGAUCUCUUUCUUUCUCGACGCCAUUUUAUUUUUAUCUCAUGCUUCACAUUUAUUCUAGACAUCAGUUAGUUGACUGAAUGAUGCGGUGAGUGAUCUUUUAUUGGAUGAUUGAGGUAAAUGAAUAUUAUGGAGAUGGAAGCAUUUGUCAGGUUGUUUCAGCAUAGGUAGAGGUUGUUCUGUGGUUAAGGCGUGAAGCUGCUCAUUUCUGUCAGGUUUGCAUGAGCUAAAAAAAUAUGGUACUAUGAAAUCUUUCAUCAGCUGAUUUGAGCUUUCUUAUAUUAAUAUCACAAAGUUUCCCACAUAUGGGCUGUUCUCUGAUAAAUGUGGCAUUGCUUCUGCAUUGAAGAACAUUACUAGAUGGGGCCAAAAGAGUUGUCUCUGUUGAUCGAUAUGCUAUUGCUUCAACAUUUGUUUCAUCAUUUGUCACAAUUUUUGCCUUCUUCCUCCCUCCCUAUUUAUAUCAGAAUUUGGUCUGACUUUAAGAUAAAUUUGAAUCUGAUUUGGGUAGACAUUGACAUGGACAUAUGCCCCCUACUUUAGUAGUUCAAGUAGGUCUAGAAUAGGAGACUCCAGGAUGGCAAGUAGAAUACCAACCAAACCACCCCCUGUGAUUCCGAUUGCCACAUAUCAUCCCAUAUUUUGGUCUAUGUACCUUUCAUCAACAAGGGACCAGGAAUGCAAUCUUGAUGGAAGGGCUAAGACAUACUCUCUUUAUCAUGAUGUUAUAUUGUUCAUACAUAGUAUCUGCACUAUUAGGCCCGCUGCAACGCGCGGGGCAUCAUCUAGUUUCCAUAAUUUUUUGGCUUAAUAUUGUGGAUGUUGAUAUUUUUAGCUCUAAACUUGGUCAAACUUGAAGAAAUUUGACUUUCCAAAGAACUAAUACCCCUUGUAUUUUGGAACUGAUGGAAUAUUUAGUUUGGCGCAUAGAAGAGACGAUGGAGUGUGUUUUAUAUUUAUUUAUAAUGCGCUAAUCAACUCUUACUUUUGAGGGUAAAUUUCUGCGUCGAUGGUUAUAUGUACUAUAUUGUAUCUACAGUAUCAUCACAUGGUGGCGCUUCUUUUUUCUAGGUGGUAAAAGCGUGCACGAGUUGAUAUGUUUUUCUAGCCGGUUGGUGUUGAUUGAUUUGAAAAAUCGUUGACCUGAUCAAGAUCAUAAACCAAAAUCAAAAUUGAAUAUCUCAAUCGAAUAAAAGAGUUUCAAAGUUAAGGAGUAUGAUGAAUUAAAAUAAUUAAGUGGGAGAGGUCCUUGAGAAAUUAUUGAUCCGGUCAAAAUCAGGUGACCAACUGAAGACCUCAAUUAAUUGUGAGGAUUUAAAAUUAGGAAGCAUAGUGUAUAGUAUAAAAGAAUUAAAUAAGAACUUUGAGAAAUUGUUGACUUGGUCAAAAUUGGGUGACCCAAUUUCAAUUGGACACCUCAAUUGAACGUGAGGCCUUUUACCCCUAGGGAGCUUAGUGAUAUAGUAGAUCGGUUAUAAGAGGAGGUAAAUAAUGGCUUAUAGAUGUUUUUUUUAGUCUAAUGACUUAUACAGGUGGGGAUGUACCAAGCCUCUUCUAAACUUAUGAUGCUAUUUGGUUGGGCCUCAUUGGUGAGGAAAAUAGUUUUUUUUUCUUAAUUGAGAGAGAAUGGAAAACACUUCCGCCAAGCCAGCCGGCCGAGUUUGGGUCGGUCGCACGCUGUGUCGUCAGGCGCUACCUCCCCCAUGGUCGGCCCCUUAUCCUCGUAGCCCUUUUCCUUUUUUAUUUCUCCAUCACUUAUCCUCUUCGUCCCGUCACUCCCAUCCCUUCAUCUCUCUCUCCCUCUGUGUGUGUGUGUGUGUGUCUCCCACGAGAGAAAAUUCCCUCCAUGAGAUUCGGCACCGGCCACUGCUACCGGCCAUGGCCACGCACCCAACCCCCACCCCCCCCACCCCCCCCCCCCCCCCCCCCCCCCAAUCGCAGCGUGAAGCCCAGAACUGCUAGUGGUGAUCACACCGGACGCGGGGUGCUGCAACCUGUUCGCCAGAUGUUGAAAGCACGACAACCUUUUGCUGCAACCGGGGCAAACUAGUUUUUUUUUUUCCACAAUACCCCACUGGGAGUUUUUCCUACUGACUUUGUUUUGCUUGAAUCCACUUUUGUUUUUGCUGGAACCUAGUAAUUUUUGAUUCAAUUGGCAAAUGAAUACUUUCAGAUUCUUUUUUGCCUGACAUGACGGUGCAAGCCUCCGACUCGCGGCUAGCCGGAGGCGGUGAUGCUGCUGAUGCUGCAACCAUGGUCACCGUGCCCCGGCCAGUGUGUCAGGGUCGCAACCAUGAUGACCAAGGGGAGCGCUACUCUGUUUUCUGUUGCAACUGGCGCUGCUGCGAGCCAACUGACGACAGGAGGAGGCGGGUUGCCGGUGAGCAAGAGGGAAAGGACGAGCGGGGCGGCCUACGGGGGCGAGCGCGGACCGCGGUGUUGCGGGUUAGCCGGCGACCGACAGUUGACUUGCUUAGUCGAGACGAAAAAGAGUCAAUCGAACGACGCCGGUUGCUUUGAUCCAACGCACCCAGACCGGUGCCUAGCCCUGGCCAAUGAGAAUUGCGUAAUAGAUUUGAUCAAAUGAUUGGUUUUGACUCCGAGUCGGAGUAGGGGUUCAGAGUCCAGGUAUCACCCGCAGUCCGUACCGUAGACAAAUCAACGAUUUCCCAACGCGUAUGUACAUAUAUAUACUUCAACUCGUUGUAUCUCCACCUCCCUGCCUAAACUUGUUACUUGCCUCCUGGCGAUCGAACCUGCGUGCACCGGCACGGACGCCAUGGCAGCUUCCGCCGGAAAGAAAGAGGCCGCCUGGCUACGAGCGGCUGGAGAAGCUGGGAGCGGGCAUCAACGGGGAAGUGUUCAAGGUGUGGGACACCCAGGACAACCUGAUCGUCGCCGUCAAGCGGCUCAGCGGGAGCGGCGACGACGGCUUCAUUAUUUCCGGCCUACCGGAGGUCAUGCGGGAGGCCAUGUGCCUGGGCGCGUGCCGCGGCAUCCCCUCGAUCGUGCAGCACCGCCGGACCUACGCUGACGCUUGCCAAUCCGAGACCGGCGACUCUUUCAUCGUGAUGGACUACGUGGGGCGCCUCAACCUACGCGGCUACAUGCAGCGCCGGGUUCGUCGUCGUCGGCCGUUCUCCGAGGACGAGGUGCGCCGGAUCAUGAAGCAGCUCGUGGAGGGGGUGAAGGCCGUGCACGGCGUGGGCGUCCUGCACCUCGACAUCAAGCCGGAGAACGUGCUCCUCGACGACGGCACCGAGGACAGGAUGCAGAAGCCCAAGGAGCCAGUCGAAGCCGAUGUUCGCAGCGAGAUCAAGGACGACCGCAUAGUCUACAAGAUCGGCGGUUUCGGGAUGUCCACGAAAGGGCGGGGGAAGGAGCAGCCGGAGGUGAUUAUUCUGACGCCGUACAGCGCGCCGGAGCUCCUGCUGCACUCGCGCGAGUACAACGAUCGCGUGGACACGUGGGGGCUCGGAUGCAUAAUGGCCGACCUCCUCUCGGGCACCGGCGCCUCCAUUUUCGACGGCGAGUCGGACAUAGAGAUCAUGGCCAAAGUGUUUGGCAUCGUCGGCACGGAGGGGAUCAAGGAGUGGUCUGGAUACUCGGGGCUAGCGGCAGACCGGAAGUCAAAGCUGCCGGGUGACGGAGGCGUCAGCCGCCUUCGGCACAAGUUUCCCAGUCGCAUGUUGUCGUCGGCCGGCUUCGAGGUGCUCAGCGGGCUGCUGGAGAGCAACCCGGAGAAGCGGCUUACCGCAGCGGAGGCGCUCAAGAAGCCUUGGUUCCGCAAACAACGACGUGGCUUUGCUGGUUUCUUCAAGUCGUGCAUGGUUGGAGUCCUACCGGAGACAUAGAAUUUACUGUACAUGCUUUGUCUUUUAGCGUGUUCUCCUAAAUGAUUGUAUAUUUCAGAGCUAUACCCUAGUGUAUCAUUGCUUAAGUGUUGCAUCAAAGAGAUGUUUCGUUUAAUCGGCUUAGGAAGCAUGUGUCC